AUAAAUAAGCAUUGCUAUAGGGGCAUCAGCAACCAUUGCCUAGACCACUAAAAAGAAGUCAAAGAAAUGGAUCCUAAACUGUAUGAAGCUGUAAUAACCGGUGACUUUGCUUCUUUGCAGGAAUUAGCAAGCUCGGAUUUAACAGUUUUUCUCCAGGUGACAACACAGGAAGACAACAUUCUCCAUGUUGCAGCCAAAUAUAAUCUGAAGCGGAUGGCAGAGGAGAUCAUUAGAUUACCACCAUUGGUUUCACUUGUGAAUCAAAAGAAUUCUAAAGGUGAUACUCCACUACAUAUUGCAGCAAGGUUGGGGAGUUUGGGGACAGCUCAAGUCCUCAUAAAUUGUGCAAAUACCAUGACUCAGGAAAUUGAAGCAGGUGAAAGGCUUAUAAGGAUGGUGAAUAUGGAGCAAGACACUGCACUUCAUGAUGCUGUAAGAAACGGACAUGAUCAGAUUGCAGAAUUGCUAAUUAGAGAAGAUCCGGAGUUAACUCUUUUGACAAAUGAUGCUGAGGAGUCCCCACUCUUUAUUGCUGUGGAUAAAAAAUAUAUUGAUAUUGCUAAACUUAUCUUGCAAGUUGCUCCAUUUUGCUCUUUCCAGGGUAGGAACAAUAUGAAUGCAUUACAUGCAGCCGUCAUUCGGUCACAGGAUGAAGUUCUCAGAUUAUCUUCCUAUAUGGUGAAGCUUCAGAGUCCUAUGAAUUACGUUACCAAUAUGUCAUUCAAGCAUUCUUUCCAGUUCUCUUCCUUUGGACCCUCUGCCAUCAUUCAGGCUGCCUUCCGUAACUCAAUUUACAAAGAUUUUGUUGCAUGCUUGAUGGAAAAAUGUCAAUCUGCUGCACUCUCUGAAACUGAUGAUUAUGGAUGGACUCCUCUGCAAUAUGCAGUACACUUUGGUGCAGUGGACAUUUUCAAGAUGUUUUUGAGGUAUAUUGACCUGUCAACUGUUUAUAUUAGAGAUAAAGAAGGCAUGUCUGUCACUCACAUUGCUGCAAGAGAAGGUGAAGUAGUCAUGUUGGAAAUGCUUGCAUAUCUUUUUCCCCAAAUUUGGGAUUUACAAGAUAACAAAGGCCAAACAGUUCUUCACCUUGCUGUUGCUGGAGGAAAGCUUGAUUCUGUCAAGUUUAUUCUUGGCACAGAUCUUUCUCAUGAUGGCCUUAUAAACCAGCAAGAUAAUGAAGGUAACACAGCUUUACAUCUUGCCACAAUCCAAGGACAUCAUCGCAAAAUCUUUGAAAUGCUGAUAAAAGAUAGUAGGGUAGACAAGACAGCCAUAAACAUGGAGGGCCACACUGUUCUUGACAUUCUUCUGUUGAAGGAGUACGGUUUCUAUGAAAAGAAUUGGAUCUCAAUGAGUGUUGCAAGCUAUGGUGGUCUAGAAACUUUGGAACAUGCAAUCAACAAGAAUGGUAGAAAAACAAGAUCAAUUGACACAAGACAACUAGAACAGCCACAACGAUCAGAGAGAGGAGAUCCUGCGAGCGACACACAAGUUGAAGGCCAACAACAACUUGCAAAAAGGAAAACAGAAGUUGCAGGACUAAAAAAGCCUAACCGCGACCAACUUCAGAAUAUAGCCAGCAUCAAUUUGCUGGUAACAACACUCAUCGCAACUGUCUCCUUUGCAGCAGGUUUCACUAUGCCUGGUGGGUACAAAAGUGACGGCCCAGACGAGGGAAUGGCAAUUCUAAGCACGAAAACUGCUUUCAGGGUAUUUGUGAUAGCAAAUGCCUUAGCCUUUUGCUUCUCCUCCACAUCAAUGUUUCUCCAUUACUGCAAGUCAUUUGUAGAAAAGCUUGAUGUCCUUGCAUUCUACACAUAUAUCACGUCAUUAUUAACAAGUUAUGGUAUUACUGCAAUGGUCAUAGCUUUCGUUUCAGGCACCUAUGCAGCGUUAGGCGAUUCUCCCGGGCUGGCUAAAGCAGUUCUUUCAAUUGGAUGUUCCUUUUUUGGGCUUCAACUUCUUGUAUAUCUCAAAUAAAUGUCAAAACUAUGUAACACGAACAUAUUUGUGACAUUCUGGUUUCUGUUUUUUGUGAAUAAAUGCAGUGUGAUUUACUAUCUGUGAAUUUUUAAAAGUUCUAUUUUCUUUUAAUAAAUACGUUUUUGUUUGAUUGCAAAAACACUUAAUGAAACACUUGAAGUACUUCAAUUUAUUCACUUUGACACACUUUAUCUCAGUAGCAUUAAAGAUAUUAAUUCCAUAUUCAGAUUCCAUUUUUUCACUACAAUAAUAAGAAGGCCUUAAUCUAUGAACAAUUCUUUAACAGAAAAUUAUUUAGCACAGUGGCCUUGAAAAGAAAAAUAUCCAUCUGCAAUCUUGAAACUGAUUGCCAUGAGUCUCCUCACGAUCAUGCAGCACAUUUUGGAAAAGGGGCCACUCUCCAUUCUCCAACUGCCUUUGACAUAUAAGAACAAUGAUCAACCAAAAGCAUAUCCAUCCUCCAUUUGCUGUCAAAAAAUUUUGAAAAUGCUAUCAGAAAUUUGGGAUUUGCACAGAUAAAAGGCAGAACAGCUCUUCAAAUGCUGUUGAAAGU